GUGUUUCACUUCUCCCAGCUGGAGCAGAAGAUGAGUUGGCUGCAGGCUCAUCUGUUCUGUCGGAAACAUGGAGCAAACCUGCUGAGCAUCAGCAGCCCUGAGGAGGAACACUUUGUUCUGCAGAUCCUGCAUGAGAGAUUUGGGGAAUCAGAGGAUCACGAGCAGCACUGGUUUUGGAUCGGACUGAACCGCAGGAACCCCAUGGACAACGGCAGCUGGAAGUGGAGUGAUGGACUUGCUUUAACGUACCAGAACUUUGGCCGCUACUACUACAACAUUCGGCAGUGUGCUGCAGCAGACUUGGGCACUAUGACCUGGCUGGCCAUGCACUGUGACUCUGAGUUGGACUGGAUCUGCAAGAUCCCCAGAGGUACAACCUGGACCUUUUCUUUUGUCUCUUCAGGAAGUCCUGUGUUUGGUUGGUGGAUAUUGCUGAGGGGAGUAAAACAUAGAACAGAAGUAAAUACAUGUCACACACAAGUUUGAAAACCAGUAAAAACUAAACUGAGUUCACCGUCCAAUCAGCCUAACAGCAUGUACGUGGUUAUAAAAACAAGUGGUGAACACCAGAACUUUGCAUGCCUGCAUCAUGGCUCCACGUGGAAAAUAAUUAGCAAAAUAAUUUAAGGAGUCUGAUUGUGAAAUGGAAAAGUAUACAGGAAGA